GGAUUUGGAAGCGAGCUGAGGGAAUUCUGGCUGGGGAAUGACCACCUUCACCUCUUGACCUCCCUGGGAGAGAACGAGUUGCGUGUUGACUUGAUGGAUUUUUUAAAUAAACAUUCCUUCGCCAAAUACGGAUCCUUCCAGGUGGCAGCGGAAUCCGAUCAGUAUCGGCUGACUGUGGGCAACUUCACGGGGGGCCCAGCAGGCGACUCUCUAAAGAGGCACCACAACAUGUCCUUCUCCACCCGGGACAAGGAGCAGGACCCCCAAAAAAAGAAAUGCGCCACAAGGUUCAAAGGGGCCUGGUGGUACCACGGCUGCCAUGACUCCAACCUCAACGGGAAAUACUUGCUGGGAGAACAUCUGUCCUUUGCAGACGGCAUCAACUGGAGAACAGGGAGAGGCCACAAUUACUCUUACAAGCAGGCAGAAAUGAAGUUCAGGCCUACGACAUAG